CUGUCGAGAAUCAUCCAACUUCGACGGUGAUAAGAUUGAAACCCAGCCCUAUCAGUCAUGGCUAUGUCUGAGUUUGGCAUUGUCUACGCCGUCCAUAUCAUCACCGUCCAAUUCGGCUCCGUCGUAUCGAAAGUCUGUGAAUGUCUUCUACGUAAAGGACCUCUUUCCUCACGAGACAUCUCUCGUCUAGCUGAAUCAGACAUCAAUCAUAACCAAGUUAAAGAUAUUCUCUAUCUCUUGAUUCAGCACAAUUGUGUUCAAGCUUUCUCUAUUGAACCUCCUGAUGGUUCUGAGAGCAAAGCAAUUGUACAAUAUAUUGUCCUGUUUAACAACAUUUUGCAUCGUGUGAGGUAUAACAAGUUUUCGAGGCUUGUAAACGAAGAACUUGGCACUGAGUGCGGUGCAGUUCUUGAUGGUUUACUUAGUAACGGUAGGCUUACCUUGGGACAGCUGAUUGAAAGAGACAGAGAUUCGGGAAAGACGAUAGGUUCUGAAGCAAUCAGAGAUUCUCUUCAGAAAUUGGUUGCUGCCCGUUUUGUUGAGCGCAUUCCUUCUCCCGAACCUGUUCUUGGAAACAAAGAACAAGAGCCGGCAAAGAAAAGAGGCGCUAAAGCUGCCAAGAUUCUCAAAGAACCGGAAACCUUGGAGGAACGUGUUGUUGAAGCAGCAACUCCAGUUGACGCAAUAAGGUUUCCACUUAUAUUCGAAGAAGAUGCCAAUUCAUCUUUAGCAGAUGACAAUAGCAACAUCACUGAGGGGAAGCGUAAACAACGUGAUGUGGACUCAUCAGAUCCGAGCAGUGGAGUAAUUUGGCGUCCUAAUUUUGAGGAGUUCAUCCACCGCCUUAGACAUAAGGCGUGUGUGGAGAUCGUGAAAGAGCGCAGGGAUGAAGGAUGUGCCAUUGUCUUGAGGGCAAUGUUAGAAGUAAGAAGAUCACAGGAGAAGAAGGUGAAAACAGACAAUUCGGCUCCAAUGUCAAUUGGUUCCAUUUAUGAAGAGGUUAUAAAGACAGAAGCAGGUCGCACUAUGUUACAAGAGCGAGUUGAAGCAUGCCUUGACCAAUUGAGUGCUACGUCUUCUUAUCUACCAGCAUUUGUGACAGAAAUGAAUGGUUCAUACAUUGUUGAUUUUAAAUCCAUUAUCAGCGUAGCACAGAAAGAUGAGAUAGAAGCAGUAGUUAUGAGAAGAUAUGGGAAAGAAGCUUUCAGAAUGUUCAGAUACUUAUCACAGGAAGGGCGUUUUGUUGAGACCGAUAAGAUUGCUGAUGCUGCGCUGACUGAAAAGAAAGACACACCGCAAUUCCUUUUGAAGAUGUGGAAAGACGGAUACUUACAUAUGCAGAAAUUGGCGAUCACAGGUACGUAUGUACCGUUUCUGUUGUGGAAGGUAAACAAGUUGAUUGUGACGAGGCAAAUGUUAGAUGAAAUGUAUCAUGCUUCACUUAACUUGAAUCUCAGGUUGGCUCAUGAGCUAGAAUCCGAAAAAGAGUUGCUGAUGUUGCCAUCAGAUAAACUGGAAGGACCAUUAAAGGAGAGAGUGAAAAAGGUCAAAGCCAAGAGGCUGUUACUCUCUUCCACUAUGUUUAAACUUGAUGAUGCGAUUAUGCUAUUUCACGACUUUUAAACUCUUAAAUUGAAAAUCAUUUCUUUAUUUUGUUUUGGUCGAUUUAGUUCACAUUGUCCUCUUACCUAUUCCUAUCUUUUAACAAUUUUUGUUUUCUUUUGAACAUAAUGAAAAUUUGUAACUUUG